GCCGGGCCCUCAGGAUCGACCAGCUUCCCUGCACUUGUCUACCCUCAGUCUGUCCAUCUGUCUCAAGCCAUGGUGAAGCUGAUCGGACUCACCCUCGUGGGACUGGUUUUGGCACUUUACAAGAACCACCGGGCAUCCUAUCAAUCAAGAUUAAAUGCCUAUCGUGAAGUAACACCGGUAGAACUCCCUAACUGUAAUUUAGUUAAAGGAGUAGAGACAGGCGCAGAAGACUUAGAGAUCCUGCCUAAUGGACUGGCCUUCCUGAGCACCGGAUUAAAAUAUCCUGGAAUAAAAAGUUUCGACCCCAAUAAGCCUGGGAAAAUACUUCUGAUGGACUUGAACGAGAAGGACCCAGAGGUGUCAGAGUUGGAAAUUACAGGAGAUACACUGGAUAUAUCUUCAUUUAACCCUCAUGGGAUUAGUACAUUCACAGAUAAAGACAAUGCCGUGUACCUGUUGGUGGUAAACCAUCCAGACUCCUUGUCCACUGUGGAGGUGUUUAAAUUUCAAGAAAAGGAACGAUCACUUUUGCAUCAGAAAACCAUCACAUAUGAACUUCUGCCUAGCAUCAACGAUAUUGCUGCUGUCGGGCCUGAGAGCUUUUAUGCCACAAAUGAUCACUAUUUUGCAGACCAAUAUUUACGAUCCUGGGAAAUGUACUUGGGUCUGUCAUGGUCUAAUGUUGUUUACUACAGUCCAGAUAAAGUCCAGGUGGUAGCAGAAGGAUUUGAUUUUGCCAACGGCAUCGGCAUUUCCCCUGAUGGCAAGUAUGUCUAUAUCGCUGAAUUGCUGGCUCACAAGAUCCACGUGUAUGAAAAGCUUGCUAAUUGGACUUUAACUCCAUUGAAGGUCCUCAACUUUGACACCCUUGUGGAUAACAUCUCUGUGGAUCCUGUGACAGGGGACCUCUGGGUUGGUUGUCAUCCAAAUGGGAUGAGGAUCUUCUUCUACGACUCGGAGAAUCCUCCUGGCUCAGAGGUGCUUCGAAUCCAGAACAUUUUAUCGGAAGAACCCAAAGUAACUGUGGUUUAUGCAGAAAACGGCACAGUGUUGCAAGGCAGUACAGUGGCCUCUGUGUACAAAGGAAAGCUACUGAUUGGCACUGUGUUCCACAGAGCUCUUUACUGUGACCUGUGACAAGCUGGGUGCACCCAGGUCAUGGGGAGUGAGCCCGUUAUUUUGUCCUUUGCCAUAUUUUAAGGUAUCUACCACAGAGAUAUCUGCUGACCAAAUGAAUGUUGACAUUAAACUCAGACACAAGAA